CCAGCGGUCACAGGAGUCCGGUCACCAGAGUCCGGAGGCGGUGCGUGGGGCAGCCCGGGCCAGCCCACACCCCUCAUCAGGAGCACCAUGUGGAGAUGCCCACAGCGGCUGCUGCUGUUGCUGCUGCUGGCUGCCGAGUGGGCCCUGGGUGCCCGGCGGGGCCGCGGGCGCCGGGAGCUCGCCCCCGCGCUGCACCUGCGGGGCAUCCGGGACGCCGGCGGCCGGUACUGCCAGGAGCGGGACCUGUGCUGCCGAGGCCGCGACGACCACUGCGCCCUGCCCUACCUGGGCGCUACCUGCUACUGCGACCUCUUCUGCAACCGAACCGUCUCCGACUGCUGCCCGGACUUCUGGGACUUCUGCCUCGGCGUGCCACCCCCGUUCCCCCCCAGCCAAGGAUGCAUGCAUGGGGGUCGCAUCUAUCCAAUCUUAGGAACCUACUGGGACAACUGUAACCGCUGCACCUGCCAGCAGAACAGGCAGUGGGAGUGUGAUCAGGAGCCUUGCCUGGUGGACCAAGACAUGAUCAACGCCAUCAACCAGGGCAACUACGGGUGGCGGGCUGGGAACCACAGUGCCUUCUGGGGCAUGACCCUGGAUGAGGGCAUUCGCUAUCGCCUGGGCACCAUCCGCCCCUCUCCCUCUGUCACCAGCAUGAAUGAGAUUCACACGGUGCUGGUCCCGGGGGAGGUCCUGCCCACAGCCUUUGAGGCCUCUGAGAAGUGGCCCAACCUGAUCCACGAGCCUCUUGACCAGGGCAACUGUGCCGGCUCCUGGGCCUUCUCCACGGCAGCCGUGGCUUCCGAUCGCGUCUCCAUCCAUUCUCUGGGGCACAUGGCACCUGUCCUGUCGCCCCAGAACCUGCUGUCCUGUGACAAGCACAACCAGCGGGGCUGCCGCGGUGGGCAUCUGGACGGCGCCUGGUGGUUCCUGCGACGGCGAGGGGUUGUGUCCGACCACUGCUACCCGUUCUCGGGCCGGGAGAAGACGGAGACAGGCCCGGCGCCCCGCUGCAUGAUGCACAGCCGGGCCACGGGUCGGGGCAAGCGCCAGGCCACUGCCCGCUGCCCCAAUCACCACGUCCAUGCCAAUGACAUCUACCAGGUCACUCCUGCCUACCGCCUCGGCUCCAGUGAGACGGAGAUCAUGAAGGAGCUGAUGGAGAACGGCCCUGUCCAAGCCCUCAUGGAGGUGCACGAGGACUUCUUCCUGUACCAGGGCGGCAUCUACAGCCACACCCCGGUGAGCCUCGGGAGGCCAGAGCGAUACCGCCGGCACGGAACCCAUUCGGUCAAGAUCACAGGACCGCGGCCAACUCGUGGGGCCCAGACUGGGGAGAGAAGGGCCACUUCCGCAUCGUGCGUGGAGCCAACGAGUGUGACAUCGAGAGCUUCGUGCUGGGCGUGUGGGGCCGUGUGGGCAUGGAGGACAUGGCUCACCACUGAGGCCGUGGCCACCGUGCCAGGCCAGCCGGCAGAAGAGCCCCCUGUGGCGUGGGGCCUCCCGCCCCAGCCGCCUGCCUGUAGAUCGUGCUGCUCCGGACACAGGCAGGCGCCGGGGCCCUAAUCCUCGCGGGUUCCGCUGACACAGCGCCCCGCCCGGGAGCUGAGGGCAGGCGAAGCUGGUGGAGCCCCAGACCGCCCCGCGGGUAUGGGACAGAGCCUGGCCGGGAGAACCGGCCUGCAGACCCCAGGCCCUGCACCCCCACGCAAGACCACUGACGCCAGGACACUACCAAGUCUCCAGCCCCACGACCCCAUCCCAGCCCGUACUCUUAUUCUCCAAAGAUAUUUAUUUUUUUCACUGUUUUAAAAUAAAGACAAAAUAUGGGUAACUUUA